AUGAAGGAUUUUCACCAUGUUUGUGGUCACUUGUCGAACGAUUUCGAGACACCAAAUUUCGCGGUGCCACCCUGGAGGCAUGCUGAAAAAAUCACUGACACGCGCCUGCAACGAUCUCCUGAUGAGAUCAAUAUGGGCCUUGGCGCCAGAAAGCCUAGAGGCCCGCCUUCUCAAUCGUGUGACGUCAACUCACGAGGAGGAUCUUCAAAGGCUGCUGGACACGGUCUUGCAGUACUGUGGUUCAGGGAUGUCAGCCGAAGAAAUUUUCCUUCACAAGCGGGCAUUGAAGGCCCAACUUCUUGGGGCGUCCUGCAAGGCGUUGAUGGUGUUGGCAGUGUCUUGCUGUUGAUGGCGGAUGCCAGUAUUGCUGACACCAAGACGCCUGCUUGGACGGGUGAGGAGCUCGCCAGAGUCACCAAAGAGCACCUGCCGACGAUGUUUGAACUCCUGUGCAACUACAAUGCCCUUCAGGAUGAGAGCAUGUUCCAUCUCAUCAAGGGCAUUGAAUUGCUCAUCCGAGCGCAGCAUCGCUGGCAGCCGCGGGAGCCGCGAGCAGUGCGACACAGACUCCAUCACUCAAUCGACUUUUGCUGUCGCAGCUUGGUGUCCAUCAGAGGGCUACACCCUCAGGACCUGAUUCAAAGCUUGAAACGCUUCACCUUCAAGGUUCAUGUGCGGGCCAGAAUCUGCAGUCGCCUGUGGUUCUUUCUGCUCGAAAAGACGACCUUGUUUGCACAGGCUGCAGCCAAAGCAGUGCAAAAGCGUCAAUGGCAGCGAAGAACUAAGGCAUCCAAGGAAGCAAAACAGGCCCACUGGGCUGACCUGGAAGACGAUUGCCGCUGGGCAAACUUGAAGUUCUGCAACCCACAAUGGUGA